AUGGAGAAGCAGAAUGAAGCUACAGAGCACCGCGUCGAGGCGACGACCUCUGCCUUGGACGACGAGAAGAACAACGCCCUCGCACACCGCCACGCGAAGGAGGUCAAUGUCCAGUCCGUCGCCCUCGCCGACGCUAUUGCCAAAGACAAACCCGACUACAAGUCCAAGUCGCAGAUGACGCUCUACGCGAUGAUGUGUCUCUGCGUUCUGAACGGCAUCAUGAACGGCUACGACGGCUCCGUAAUGUCCGCCAUCAACGCAAUGGGCCCCUUUCAAGCCCGUUUCCGCAUCGGCCUCACGGGCGAGCUCAACGGCGCCGUCUUCUCCAUCUACACCGUCGGCAGCAUCAUCGGCAGCCUGCUGUGCGGGUACAUCAUGGACCGCUGGGGCCGCCGCGCCUGCAUGUUCUCCGGCGCGUCCAUGAUCGUGCUGGGCUCCGUGCUGCAGGCGAGCAGCUUCCGGCUGCCGCAGUUCUUUAUAGGCAGGUUUAUCGUCGGUACGGGGACGCCCAUGUGCGGGACGUCGGCGCCUGUGUUCUUGGUGGAGAUUGCGUAUCCCACGUGGAGGGGGUUGGCUGGGGGGUUCGACUGGGCGUGGCGCAUCCCCUACAUCGUCCAGCUCGUCCCGGCCACCAUUGUCAUCUCGGUCGUCUGGUUCCUGCCGGAGAGCCCGCGCUGGCUCUGGUCGCAAGGCCAUACGGACCGCGCGGCGGCGAUUCUGACAAAGUAUCACGGGGACGGGGACCCGCACUCGGCGCUCGUCAAGCUCGAGCUCGACGAGAUACGGACGUCGCUGGAGGCUGAGCAGGAGCUGAGGAACAACAAUUGGAACUAUAAGGUUCUCGUUAAUAAUCGGCCGAACCGGUACCGCAUGUGGCUCAUCAUGCUUGUUGCUGUGUUUUCACAGUUUAUCGGGGGAUCGGUGAUUUCGUACUAUUUACCUGCUAUGGUGCGCGGGGUUGGCAUCACGGACUCGAGCCGACAGCUCCUUCUCAACGGGAUCAACACCGUCAUAUCCUUCGUCAGCGGCAUCUUCGGCUCCUUCUUCGUCGACAAGGUCGGUCGCAGACCGCUGUUCCUCUGGGGCACCCUGCUCACGGGGCUCGUCUACAUCCCCAUCAAAGUCCUCGCCGCGAAAGCAGAGCACCACCUAGACGAAGGCACCGCGGUCCCCAAGCCGCAGGCCUACGCCUUCAUCGCCAUGAUCUUCUCGUACGGCAUCUUUUGGGGCUUCUGCUGGACGCCGCUGCAGGCGCUGUACCCGGCGGAGAUUCUGAACAACGAGAUCCGGGCCAAGGGGAUGGGCGCCAAGGGGUUCAUCUCUGGCGUUGCGAGCUUUAUCAAUACGUACGGGACGUCUGUGUCGAUUAAGCAUAUCGGGUGGAAGACGUAUACGAUUUUCUUGGUGUUGCAUUUUGUGCAUCUCGGGUUGAUGUACAUGUCUUGCGUUGAGACCAAGGAGAGGACGUUGGAGGAGCUGGAGGAGAUUUUCAGCGAUGCGAAGCCGGUGAAGAGGAGUUUGCAGAAGACUACUGUUGUUGUUGAUCGUGGGUUAGGGGUCAAGAUCAAGGACGAUGCUUGA